AUAUUGUGGUAGCAUACUAGCUAGCAUUUCUACGUUCACUUCACACACACUCACUCUCUCUAGAUUUCUUUCUUGGAAUGGCGAAAUCAUCUGGAGUGAAGGCGUUGGGAUAUGCAGCGAGAGACAACUCUGGCUUUAUGUCCCCCUUCAUAUUCACCCGGAGGGCAACAGGAGAUGACGAUGUGAGGGUCAAGAUUUUGUAUUGUGGAAUUUGUCACACUGACCUCCACCGAACUAAAAACCAAUGGGGUGAUGCCAAGUACCCCAUGGUUCCAGGGCAUGAGAUUACGGGUGUGGUGGCCGAGGUCGGCGGCAAGGUCCAGAACUUCAAAAUCGGGGACAGAGUCGGAGUGGGAUGCAUGGUUGGAUCAUGCCUCUCCUGCGUCGAAUGCGACAGCAAUCUCGAAAACUACUGUGCCAAAAGAAUCCUGACCUACAACAACACCUACUAUGACGGAACCAACACGUACGGAGGUUACUCCGAUCACAUCGUCGUUAAAGAGCAUUUCGUGGUCCGAAUCCCCGACAACCUGCCACUUGAUGUUGCUGCACCUCUCCUUUGUGCUGGGAUCACAGUAUACAGUCCCAUGAAGUUUUUCGGACUUGACAAGCCUGGUUUGCAUCUGGGUGUGGUGGGUUUAGGCGGCCACGGCCAUAUUUGUGUCAAGUUUGCCAAGGCUUUCGGGGCUAAGGUGACCGUGAUUAGCUCGUCGCCUGACAAAAAGAAAGAUGCUAUCGAUCGUUUUGGUGCUGAUGCGUUUAUUUACAGUGAAGACGCAAAUGAAAUGCAGGCUGCCAUGAACACAAUGGAUGGUAUCAUCGAUGUUGCAUCUAAGGCUCACUCUCUCCAACCCUACAUCGGUAUGCUCAAAACUCAUGGAAAGCUGAUCGCUCUUGGUUCACCCAGCAGCCCGAAUUCGCUCCCUGUCGUCAACAGUCUUGUUGGCGGGAGGAAGACAGUGGCCGGAAGUACCAUCGGGGGGUUGAAGGAGACGCAAGAAGUGAUUGAUUUCGCGGCAAAACACAACAUAGCAGCAGACAUCGAGCUCAUUCCGAUGGACUACGUCAACACUGCCAUUGAGCGCAUGGAGAAAGUAGAUAUCAGAUACCGGUUCGUCAUCGAUGUUGGCAAAACUUUGUCACUGAUGAAUUUACCUAUUGGCGAUGUCUAUAUCGUGCCUCCGAACAAGAAAGGAACUCCGACAACCCAAAAGGAUAGCUGCUGCUGCCAGUACUUGUGAUUAAGAGAAGCACCUCGCAUGAUGAUACCGAACGCUUUGGGAAAAGGUUGAUGAUUGGCCUUGAGGCCUCCUGAGUUUGGCUUUCCUUUUGAAGUUUUUGUUUUGCCGUUGAGUCUGUCCGUUAUGUUUUGAGGUAAUAACAAAACCUAACGAGUGGUUUUCAGAGUUUGUACUUCUAUUAUGUGGCUUCUGCUAGUGCCACCGCUGUUGUCGCAGCAGAUAACCGUAGACUUUGUGUUAGGUGUAUCCUUUUGAACCUGAAUAAACAAGAUUGUGCAAUUCUAAA